GGCAAAGGGGAGAUACUAGCAAGUCUGGAGAAUGGAGUCACAGAAUCGCCAUAUGGGUACAACAUGGGUAUAGAUUACAAGACAACAACAAUACUUCUGGAUGGCCGCAGAAUAAAGCUACAACUCUGGGACACAUCUGGGCAAGGCAGAUUCUGCACCAUAUUUCGUUCUUAUUCAAGAGGGGCCCAGGGUGUGAUAUUGGUAUAUGACAUAACUAAUCGAUGGUCAUUUGAUGGUAUUGAUCGAUGGAUAAAGGAGAUAGAUGAGCAUGCUCCUGGUAUACCUAAAAUCCUUGUUGGCAACCGCCUGCACUUAGCCUUCAAACGGCAGGUAUCUACUGAGCAAGCACAAGCCUAUGCUGAAAGACUAGGCAUGACUUUCUUUGAAGUAAGCCCACUCUGUAACUUCAACAUCACUGAGUCUUUUACAGAACUUGCAAGGAUAGUGUUAAUGAGACAUGGAAUGGACCGGCUGUGGAGGCCAAACAAAGUUCUGACUUUGCAAGAUCUUUGUUGCCGUGCCAUAGUUUCAUGCACCCCUGUGCACCUUGUUGACAAACUUCCACUCCCUGUUGCCUUAAGAAGCCAUCUCAAAUCAUUCUCUAUGGCCAAUGGUCUGAAUGCUAGGAUGAUGCAUGGUCGCUCCUACUCCCUCACAGCCAGCAACAACAAAAGGAACAGUCUGAAGAAAGCCAAAAUCAUCCGUCCACCCCAGAGCCCUCUGAAACACUGCACCAGAAACAGCUGUAAAAUCUCAUAAACCUGGCCAUUGAAGAGUUUUGGCUGGAGCCUUUAACACAAGGACUCUCCUUGAAUAGUUGGAUCUGUUGUAUGCAUCACACUAUCAAAACUGAACAAAGGAAAACAUCAUAUUGAAGUUGUUUGUUUUUAAUAAUGCUGCUUCCAGAUGUAUGACGCAAUCAGUGCAAACGAAGGGAUGUGAAACUUUUCUUUUGAAUUUAUAUAUAGAUGUGUGUGUGUGUGUGUUUUUGAUGUGCAUGAAGACUUUGUGUUUUAUAAAGGGAGUAAUUUAUGAUGGUAUUGAGAUUUCAAUGACAUUAAAUUGCAGAAGU